UAUCCUACCUUCAACAUUUGAAUAUAUUUUGAGUCAAAUUGCCGAAAAACUUCAUGGUACAGGUAAUGGAAUUGAAUUAAUAUCACCAGAGAAGCAGUUUUUAAUAGCACUAUGGCGUUUUGCGACACCUGAUUCAUAUAGAUCAAUACUUCAAAGAUUUAACGUUAGUAAAGGGACUGCAAUAACAGCUGUACGUCGUGUUGCUAAAGCUCUGUGUGAGAUCUCGCAAAGAUAUAUAAUAUGGCCUGAUGAAAAUGACAUUGAGAAUAUUAUUUAUGGUUUUUCUCGUGCACGCGGCUUUCCUGGUACUAUAGGAGCUAUAGACGGUACGCAUAUAAAUAUUCCUGCACCAAAAAAUAGUCCAGAAGCAUAUAUAAAUCGAAAGGGUCGUCAUUCAAUUCACCUCCAG